UUGAUAUUUCUGGGAUUUUUAACGAUAUGCGCGGAAACUGAAGGUGAGUUAGCCCAACUCUUUUUGUGUUUUGCGAGAGGGAGGAAAUUUGAAUUUCCGUUUGCUUUUUGAUAAGAUAAGGGUCAAAAGUUGUGAAAUUUUAUUUUUUGAACAAAAAAUCGUAUAUUUCACAUAUCAUAUCAUAUUUGUUAUUAUUUAUGUUUAAAAACAAAUAUAUAUUUUUCAAAAAUAAAAACAAAUAUUAUAAAACAUUUUAAAGAAAAAAGUUUUUCGUAAGAUUUUCUUUUUUCCUUUUUUUGGGGCUGCGAAGGCAGAUGUUAACAACUCUUUUAUGUACUUUUGAGUGAUUCAUCAACCCGACAAAAAACGAUUGGGAAAAAAGGAAAAAAAAAGAAGAAACCGCAUAACAUUAGGGGCUGGUGAAAUGAAAUGAAGGACGAUUUUUAUGUGAACAUUUUUGUGUUGUUAGGAAAAAAAAAGUUGGUGUUUUUGGAAAAUAACUACACUACAAAGCUGGAAAACAUGUCAAUUGCAGGCUCGAAAAAACAAAUUUUUCAGAGACCUUCGAAUUCACUGCGCAACUUUACAAUUUGUCCGUCGAGGAAAAUUCGGUUGGCUCGAAAUUUGCGCGAUGUGACAAUACAACAAAAAUCGGCGUUCGAUUACCCGAAAAAGAUGCGACUUGUAAAUUUCGCGUCGCCGAGGUGGUUGGCGAAAAAUCGUCGCUUUUCAAGGCGCAUGCGAGACAAGUUGGAGAUUUUGUGUUUUUGAGGAUUCGAUAUAAGGGAGAUAAUCCGUUGAAUCGAGAAUUGAAGGUAAUUUGGGGAUAAUUUGAGGGCAAAUUCUUCUGGGCUCAAUUUGUAACAUGAAUUUGGUGAAAUAAAAUGAAAGUGGUGGGAGAAAUUUGAAGAAUUGGUGCAUUUUUUGACCAAUUUUUGAUAAAUUCACUCUUUUGACCAUAUUUUGUUCAAAAUUUGGUCAGAAUGGCGAAAAUUGACUAAAUUUUGGUCAAUUUUUGAUCAAUUCACUGUUUUGGUCAAAUUUUAAUCAAAAUCUGGCCAAAAAACGAAUUGAUGCAUUUUUGGUCAAACUCCCAACACCAUGACGUGGCAAAAUUUGAAAAUUAUAAAGCUUUGCCACGUCAUAAUUGAGUUAUGAUGAUUCAUUUUCAGAGUUGAGCUAACUUCUCACCCCCCCCCCUCCCUCCCAAAUCCACCGCAACCUCCCCGAAAAUUUCCAGGAGUUCUACGAUAUGGUUGUCAAAGCCACGUGUAAACGAAGAGAUUCAUCAAACCUCGAAACAACCACCCGAGUUCAUCUAAGAGUUAUUGAUCGAAAUGACGCGAGUCCCGUUUUUCUGGGAGAUGAAGAAGGAUAUGAAGCGACUAUUGAUGAUACAGUAGGAAUUUUUUUUUCUUUUUUUUUUAAUUUUUCAAAAAGUUUUUUUUUCAGAUCGAACCAUUCUCAAAAGUGUUGCAAGUUGAAGCAUCCGAUGCGGAUAUUGGCAUAAAUUCGGCGAUUUAUUUUUCGAUGCUCAAUAGAUCGCAUGAUUUUUUCGUUGAACCGGUGACUGGUUGGAUUCGAACUUUGAGACAUGUUAAAGCUGGAAUUUAUGAGCUGAAGGUUAAAUCGGAAGAUCGAGCUUCCAGGUUGUUUUAUCAUGAUGAAAAUGAGGUGCAACCUUCGUGGACAGCUGAUGUCAAGGUGGGAUUUUGAGGGGGGAUUCUAUUUUGCUCUGAAUUUUUUGGUCUAGACCAAUUUUUGAACUGAUUCGGCCUUAAAAUUUCCGACUAAAAAUUCAAUAAUUCCAUAAAAAUACGUGACGUGACCCAAUUCCAUCAAAAAAAAAAUCCCACGUUUUUUUCUCACUUCACAGCUCAUUUUUGCAGAUCAAUGUCGUUGAAACCGCCCGGCAAACUCUGAAAAUCGCGGUUGAAAAACGAAAAAUCAAAUAUUCUUCACAACGUCAACUUGCCGCAAUCAUCAAAUUACAAAAUAUCCCCGACGCUCAAAAAGCGCACGUGAAAGUCGGAAUUGAGGAGCGGAAAAAUGUUUGGUUCGAAAUUGUUCAGGAAAAUGAGGAAUGGAAGCUGUUUUCUGUACGUUUCAUCUUAUAUCUCCUCAGGCAAAUCGUCCCACCGGCGCAACACCAAAUAGAAAAAAACACCGGUGUUCCACUUAACUAACACUGACUGAACACCGUUCUAACACCAGCGCAACACCACUUCCCACCGGAGUAACACCGCUUAAUUAUUUUUUCCAACAUUUUUUACCUCACCAGUGGUACACUUAAUUAGCACCGGUUUCCCACCUUAUCAACACCGGUUGUACACCUUUCAUCUGGUGUUCCACCGGUGUUGGUAAAAUGGAAGACGAGCAUUGAAAACGGCCUAUCAAAAACAUAGCGGAGAGCGCGCCUCGCGAAACGUCGGUGAACUCACUACAUGACCUUCCACGAAAUCCGCGAAUUUCAACUUCAAAAUGCUUCUAUUAUUGAGGUUUUCUCUUGUCAGGAGAAUUUUUGCCUCUUCACUAAAGAGAUAGUCAGAAAGUUCGCUCUGGCGAACUAAUUUUGCUCAAAGGAAUUCAAAUAUUCCAUUCUGAACAGAAAAAAUAAAACGAAUAAUUUUCUCUCAAAAACUUUUCCAAACCCACCGGUGCAACACCUAAAUCCCACCGGUUGAACACCUGAACGCCACCGGUGCAACACCAAAACUCCACCGGUGUUCCCCUUUUCCCACCGGUGGAACACCGAAGCUCCACCGGUUUCCCACCGGUGGGCCCACCGGUGGAAGAACGGUGUUGAGUGAGUGGAGAUUUGGUGUUGCGCCGGUGGGACGAUUUGCCUGAGUCCUUCAAAUUCUAUAUUUAUGUUUUGUUUUUGCAGAUUAAUGAAAUUCCGAAAAAUGCAAAUGUCACAAUUGUUGCUGGAAUUGAUUAUUUGAAAGAGGGAAUUGGAGGAAAACAAAUUGGAAAUGUUAGUGCAACUAUUCAUAUUGAGCAUUUAAUUGAGCACUCCAUUGAAUUCGCUGACAAAAAUUUGAAAUUUGAAAUUGAGGAAUUGGCGCCACUUGGAAGAUUUAUCGCAAAAAUCAAUCCAAUUUUAGAAAAUCCAGAUGACACUGAUCUUGUUAGAUUCUCAUUGAAAUCACUGAAUGCCAGCCAGAAACUUCCGAUUAAAAUUGGCGAGAAAAGUGGGAUUAUUCGAAGUGAUUCGAGGAUCUUUGCCGAAAGAUCUUAUGAAUUUGAGAUUAUCGCGAAAAUUCAGGGAAUAAAUGGGAAGGAAGCUGUGAUUUCAGCGAGUUUGGAAAUUUUGGACUCGAAUAAUCAUGCUCCACAAUGGGCUGUGAAAUGGCAACGACAAACACCGAUUGCUAUAUCAGAAAAAUCGAAACCGGGCGAUGUUUUAUUGAAAGUUGAUGCGCAGGAUCGAGAUGAUGGGGAAAAUGGGAAAAUAAUCUAUAAAAUCGCUAGCGAAACCGAGAUUCCGAUGAGAAUUGAUGCAGAAUCUGGCGAAAUUAUAUUGAUGGGCGCUUUGCCACGUGGCACGAAUCAAUGGAAUUUGGCAGUUUGGGCGGUCGAUUGGGGAAGUCCGAUGUCGAGAGCAUCGGCGUUGAAUUUGGUGUUUUAUAGGAAUGGAACGAAGGUGGGGUUUUUUUGGGAGGGAAUUUGAAAUUUGAAAAAAAUGUAUUAUUUUUGCCUAAAAAUUUAGCUAGGAAAGUUUAGAUCCUUGAAAAAAUAUAUUCAAAAUUUUGGAAAAAAUCUAAAAAUCUGAAAUUGAGCAUUGCUCAUGUUAGUUGAAUAAAUUCAAUUAUUUGCCACGUGGCUCACUACUAUGAUCAAUGUUCGGAGAAGCUCUUUUUCCAACACAAUUUUGAAAUCUAAAUUUUUUUGGAAAAAAAUGCUACGUGGAUUUUUUGGCGCCAAAAUUUGAAAAUUUCUAGAAAAAAUGUCAUUUUUAUUGAAUUUUGUACAAAUUUUAUGAAAUUUCCGUUUUUUUUUUGAUAUUUCAAUAAAAUUGAAGAUUUUUCAUACGAAGCUACUUAAUUUUUGGUCGAAAAAUGUCUGGGCUCUCUUGAUUUUGUGUGCACUCUCUCUACGAAUUUACAUUAGAGAAAUAAUUUUUGAGCUGCAAAAAAACUAAAAUUUUUGAAUUAAUAUUGAAAAAUCUAUAUUUUUGCAUGAAAUUCUCCAAUUUUCAAUGAUUUCUGAGUCAAAAUCAAUUUUUUCCAGCAACCCGCCAAACCGAAACCCGCUGUGAUUCAAGAAGGCGACAACAAAAAUGCGCCGAUUUUCGAAUCAUUUCCCGAAAUUUUGGAAGUUUCCGAAGAUGCGCCAAUUGGAACUGUAAGUGUUUUUUUUUCUUUUUUUCCCAGUGCACUUUAGAACAUUCGCAUCUUUUGUAUUUUUCCGCCCUUAUUUGAGAUGAUAUCAAAUUACGGUAUUUGUAUAGGUGGAUCGGAGUAAAUUUACUGUUUUACCUUUUUAUUGUGAUGGUAUUUGGGAAGGGGAGAAAAAAAUAUGUGGUCAGCAUGGGGAAUCGAACCUGAGACCGUUUACUUGGAAAAGUUUGGAUUCUGAUGAAUUUUUGAAUAGAAAAUGUUGAUUGUGAGUCCCAAAAAUUUUACGUUUCAAAUUUUUUAUACCAAGUAUAUAUCAGUUUUAAAACUGAUAAUGUUGUUUUGGUGUUUUGAAAUUUCAAAAAAAAAUCUUUUUAUGGCUGAAAAUUUUCCGAAAAUAUAUGUAAAUUUUAAAAUUCUGGGAGAAUUUUGAUAGAACCUGAAAAGUUUUCAAAAUUCUGAAGAAUUCUUGAAAUGGGUCAAUUUUAACCAAGGAUUCAUAAAUCCUGAAACUCUAGCCCGACCAAAGCCCGAUGUCAAAAAUUGUCAUAAAUAUAAGGUCCCUGUUUUUGCCACGUCAUCAGCAUCAGCAGGAAAAGUGCACUUUUGAACAGAUGUUUUUGAUUAUUUACACCGAAGUCUUUAAUUAUCCCAUUAUUAUAUUUUGCCUCCUUGGCUCUUUUCUCUUAUUCCUUUCGCUUCUAAUUAUUAAAUAGAUUGAUCAAUUAUUUAUGGGCUUCUACUCAUAACAAAGAAGCCCUCUUCUCAACCCCCCGAUAAUAUGAAGAAUGAAGAAUGACACCCGAAAUUGAAUUAGGCAAUAUUUUAUUAUUAAGAAGAGGGAAAAUGAACGAAAGUUGUCUAGAAACCCUGUUUUUCUAUCCAAAAAAUUGUCUAAUUAUUGCCAUUUAACUCAUUAAAUCCUUAUCCUCUCUUGAACAAAACAAUAUGUAUUUAUGGAAAAAAACAAUAAAUGAAUAUCAAGAGGGUGCGUGAAUGUUUUUUGGGCAAGGAAUUUGACAGAUGGGAGAAGGGCCAUACAGGAAAUUGUAAUAAUUAGUGACCUCUUUACCCCUCUCUCUCUCUGUUUUUUUGCUGUACUAGGGACCUUUUUACCCAAAAAAAUGUGUAUAUUUUUGCGCCAGGGGGAUUACCUCGCUUUUCUGAGACGAUGCAUUUUUUUUUGUCGUCUCUUUGUCGGUGAAAUGAAAUUGAGCGUGAGGGAGGUCAAGAUGGGAAUAAUUUCAUUGGUUGGGGAUUAUUAUGAAUAUUGAAUUUGGAGGGGGGAUAUGUUUGAAGGGAGCCGGGAAAUGGAAGGGGAGGGGGUAAGAAUUUUGGGUUGGAAUUGAUUUUUGGGCCAAAAAUCAGAUAAAGGCCCCAGAAUUUGAAUUUUCGACCGAAAAAUGAGAUAAAGAGAAUUUGGACCCGAAAUAUGGACCGAAAAAUCUGAUUUUCGGUCCAGAAAAUACCUAUGAGAUUUCAGGAUUCUCUUCAAACCCUAAUGAUUUUUUAUAGCUAUCAAUCUAGGGACCUUCAAAAUCUGUAUUCUGGAAAUUCGAAAUUCUACAAAAUUUCUAUAAAAAUUCUCUAGGUGACCACCAGAUUUGUGACUGGUGUGAUAUCCAGUAAUUCUGAAGGUCAAACCAUCUUUUGGUUUUAGAUAACAUCAAAUAUUGUACACCUUGACAUAUGUUUGAUUUUGGUCCCAGGGGUCUAGAAAAUUAUAGGCAGGGGGUUUUCGUGGAUCAGAUUAUUUGAAAAAUUUUUCGAUGUUGGUGAAUCGACCCUCCUGAACAUGACCCUAUUCUCGGUUUUCAAUAAAAUCAUCUCUAACAUGAGUUAUGGGCUCUCAAAAACGUGAAUUUCAGAAAAUUCUCACAAGCUCUUGGCUCAUUUUAGGACCUCCAAAACCAUCGAAUUUUUUCCAGAUAAUUGCCAAACUUCGCGCCACUGAUGAAGAUACUGGUUAUAAUGGUUUUGUUCGAUAUGUCAUCCAUGAUGAUUCAAAAAUCGCCGAUCAAAUUCUAUCGAUCAACGAAACAUCGGGACAUGUAUGGAUUGCAUCGAAUUUAACGAAACUCUUGAAAGAAUCUCAAAAAUCUGCUGAUUUUUUGUUAAAAGUCACCUCUGAAGAUGCUGGAAAUCCCAGAAAAUUUGCUGAAAAAAUGUUGAAGUUGAGAAUUUUGGAUGUGAAUAAUCAUGCACCGCAAUUUGAUCAGGUUUGUUUAUUUAAUUAUGUUUGAGUGAAAAGGGAAUACAUGCAUUAGCUAAUUUGAGAGUAGCGGAUUAAUAAAGGCACACACACAUUUUGAUAAUCCCUUCCUUUUCCUGGGGACAGAAGACAGACAUCUGUGAAAUUUGAUAGCGGGUUAUUAAAAAUUGUACGAAUGGUUUAAAUAACCAACCUAGGAAUUAAUUUUUGUUGAGAAAAUUAAAAAAAAACAGAAUUUUUGGACCUAAACAAAAUUCUGAAUUUUUUACGUUUCAAAAUUUAUUUGAAAAAGAACUGAAAUUUUGAUUUUUUAUUUGGUAAGAUUCGAGAAAUGUAGAAAAUUCUAAAAUUUGGUCCAACAUCAAAUUUGGCUCCAAAAUGGCUCCAGGCUUAUUUAUCCUGAAAAUGCAGAUUUUUUGAGUCCGAAACUCUUCAUGAAAAUCAGAUACAUUUUCAAAAUUCUCCAGUUUCUUUCCUCAAAAAUGUGUGUUGUUAAUUAAGAAUGUUAUGAAAUGAAAUUGAAGAAGUUUUUGGGGAGCGCGAUAUUCGAGAUUUUGAGUAUUUUUGUUUAUGCGCGAAAAUAAGGGGGGCGAGACAUGUUAUUUAAUACUGUGCAACAUGUUCCAUUUUCAAGUGUUUCUUCUUCUCUUUGAAUGUUUUGAGAAUUUGAAAGGGGGUGAAAAUAUGGAAAUUUUGAGGAGUUUGGUGAAUUUUGGUUGAAAAUUGGGGGAAAAUUGGUCUAAAGUGAUAUUAUCAGUUUUUUUCUAUUUCUGAGCCCCAAAAUUUGAUCGAAAAAUUUCCAGAAGGUUUUCAAUUUCUAAAUUAAUGUAGAUUUUCAGCCUAGAAAAUUUCAGAACUAUUAAAUUUCAAAUUUUAUUCUUAUUUUAAUCUAGAACUCCCGAGUUUCAGAUUCAAAAAAUACUCGAUUUUUUUCCUAAAAUCCAAAUUUUCUAACUAAUGAAGAAUGGGGGAUUUAAUCAUUCCUAAAACGGGAAAUUGAAAUUGAAAGUUUGUAUUUUUGGUCCUCAAUUCUAAUUAGAUGAGUACAUAGAGUUGUAUUUUUAGUUUUUGGGCCCAUCUUCUUCUUUCUUUUCUUUCUUCCCCCAAAAAAUUUCCUAUUCAUCUUUUAUGGUCAAAAAAGAAAGAGUAUAUAUUUUAUGUAUAGAAAAUAGUAGUGGACACUACAAACUUCUUUCUUUUUUUGUUGGGAGAAGGAAAUGAGCAUGAAUGAAAAGAAACAAAAAAGGAUGAAUAGGGUGGAAAUUGGGGGGAAACAAGAAGAAGGUAUCAGACACAUUUUUGGGGGGUUUUGGGAGGAGGAAUUUUGGCUGAAAAAAUUAUUUAAAAAAUGUUAAACUUUGGGGAAUUUAAAGCUGAAAGUUUAGCAUUUUUCACUAUAAAAAAUCACUGAUUUUGAGCUGAAAAUUUGUGUAUUUUCAGCCGGAAAAGGGAAAUUAUGAGCUCAAUAUCUGGGAAACCAGAUUUUUAUUGAAAAUCUGGAAUUUUGGGACUCGAAAUUUAUGCGUUUUGAGCUGAAAGAUAGUUAAAUUUUUGUUGAAAAUCUGGAAUUUGAUGUUGAAUUUCUAGUCGUUUUUAAGCUGAAAUUUUCGAAUUUUUAGGCUUAAAAUCAGAAAAAUUUCUUGCCAACCUGUUUUUUUUUUCAAAUUUUCAGCCCAAAAUUCCUAAUUUUUUGCACAAAAACCUCUUUAAAUCCGAAGAAAAUUUGAACUUUCCUACUAAGUUUUUUUUCAAAAAAAUCUACUGUUUCAAAAAAAUUCAUAUAGUUUUGACAAUGGUUUUCUAAAAUAAUAAAAAAAUUUGAUUUAUUUUCAAAAAAUCAACUCAAAAAUUGAAUUUUUUGCAGCCAUGGUAUACAGUUCGAGUCAGCGAAGAUGCUCAAAUUGGAAAAGAAAUCAUCAAAAUAACAGCCACCGAUUUCGAUGGAGCUGAAAAUGCAAAAAUUAAAUAUUCUGUUGUCUCAUCAUUCAAAGAUUCAGACAAUAUUGUGAAAAUCGAUAAAAUAUCUGGAAUUGUAAGCCUCGCCAAACAAUUAGAUCGAGAAACUCAAGAUGUUGUAUCGAUUACUCUAAUGGCUUCUGAUUAUGGUAUUCCAAUUCUAUCAAGUUUUGUAAAUCUAACAAUUUAUGUGGAUGAUGUAAAUGAUAAUCCGCCGAUUUGUUUGGAACGAGUUACGAAAACUCGAAUUCCGGAAGAUUAUCCGCAUGGAGCAUUUGUGACUUGUUUGGCUGCAAAUGAUCGAGAUUUAGGGCAAAAUGCGAGAAUUCGAUAUACAAUUGAAGAAACUGAAAAAAAUCCAUUUCGAAUUGAUCAUCAUACUGGAUGUGUUUUUAUACAUUCUCCUGAUAUUCCUCUUGAUUUUCAUCGCCAAAGUUUUUAUAAUCUGAGCAUUGAUGUUGGUGAUAAUGGAGAACAAAUGCUAUCAACACGAUGUGAAUUACAUAUUGAAUUGAUUGAUAUUGCGCAGAAUCAUUUGGCAAUUGAAUUUGAUGAUGUGGCGAAAGAAGCAUCGGUUUAUGGUGAGUUGAAAUUUGCGAUAAACAAUUCCCCUGAAUAUUACCGGAAAAAUUACGUUUCAAGAUUUUCCUAAAUUUUAUUUUUUUAUCGAGAUUUAUCGAGAUUUCACAAUUAUGUAGUUAUUCAAUGAUGUUUCACCGAACUCAAUUUUUUUUGAAAAAAAAUAAUCACAAAAAUCCACGUGUGUAAAUGUGACGCAAAAAAGUUGGUACUUUUUGAAUCGGACCAUAGGAAUCGGGCCAGGUCCGAUUUUUUGAGAGAAAUUCUGAAGUGGACAAUUUUUUCCAAAUUUCAUGAUUUUGGCUAGAAAAAAUUGAGUUUUUCGAAAAAGGACCCGAUUCAGAAUUUUUCUCAAAAAAUACGACCUGGCCCGAUUCAAAAACUGCCGAAAAAUUGUAGUAAAUUUUACUGGAAAAAUUACGUUUCAAAUAUUUCUUAUUGUUAAAUUUUAUUUUUAUCGAGAAUUCGCGAUGGAUAAACUCUUGAAAACUUCUAUAAAAAUCAUCAAAACUCCUAAUCUCCCCCCAUUUUUUCCAGAAAACUCUGCGCCUGGAACCGAAGUGAUUAUGAUUGAAGCCAAAGAAAUUGCGGAUGAAAAACGAAAAGCUGAAAAUAUCCGAUAUUCGAUUAUUGGAGGAGAUGGAAGACCGUAUUUUAGCAUCGAUGAUAAAGGUAUGUUUUAGAUUUCCCACGGAUAAAUGUUUCCCUUGGGAAUUGUUUUUUUUUUUUUUUGAUUGAUGAAGUGGGAAAAUUUGAAAAUUUGAAAAAUGAGAGAAAUAUGCAAAUCAGGUGGGGAAAUUCCGCAGAAAACGGGAUUUUUGGUUUGAAAUUGGGUCUUAGAAAUCAGUUUGCGAGUAAUUUCGAGCCGGAAAAUUUAAUGUAGAAAAUCUUGGAACUCUGGAAUUUUUUUUAUUAUUUGUUCAAGAUGAACUUUUGAUAGGAAAAUAAUCUGAAAAUUACGAAAUUUUGACUGUAGAAUUUUGAAUUUCAGGUCAAAUUUAGAGAAAAAACUUGACAUUUUCUUUUAAGCUGGAUUUUCUGGAGAAUUUUGAGCCCAAACUCGAGCAUAUUUGGGCUCAAAAUGAUUGGAAAAACCUGGGUCUUUGAGCUUUCGAUUCAAACCUGAUAUAAACCAAAUAUUUUUCAGGAAUUGUUCGAACUGCGAUUUCACUCGAUCGAGAAUUCAAAUCAGCACAUUGGCUAACUGUCGAAGCACGAGAUGCAGCAAUUGACAGCGGAAAAAUGCGAGGAAGUGGAAGCGAACGACGAAGAGCUAUUGUACAUGUGUUUGUGAGAGUUUUGGAUCGAAAUGAUCAUCGACCACAACCAAGGCAACCGGUUUAUUUUGCAAAUGUUAAGGAGAAUUCGGAAGCGGUGAGUCUUAAACGAAAUUCCAUCAUUAUCUCCAAGUUUUUGCAGAAUGUUGUGAUUGUGAAAGUCGAAGCUUCUGAUCUUGAUGAUAUUGGAAAUGAUGCAGCGCCUCCACUUCAAUAUCGAAUCGAAAGAGGAGAUCCACAAUCAUUCUUCCGAAUUGAUCUAACUUCUGGAUAUCUAACAACUUCAGGAUCGCGAAAACUUGAUCGCGAAAAACAAGCCGAACACGAAUUAUGGGUGUCGAUUUGUGACGGAGGCGAACCGCAAUUAUGCUCGCAAGUUGCGGUAAUUGUUCGAAUUGAAGAUGAAAAUGACAAUGCGCCACAAUUCACUCAACCAAUUCAUCAUUAUAAUGUGAGAGCCAAGUUUAGCGGAGAAUUGUGUCGGAUUUUUGCGGUCGAUUUGGAUGAGGGAAUCAAUGCGGAGAUAUUUUAUAAUAUUACCGAAGGGGAUUCGAGAUUUUCGAUUGAUGAGAAUGGAAUUAUCCGGGCGGUUUCGAUGAUUCAUGGAGAUGAGAGUUAUGCAUUGACUGUGCAGGCGACUGAUCGAGGAAGUCCUCCGCAAUUUGCUGCCACUAGAGUUGUGCUAACUGCGAUUGGUGGAAGACCAAAGAAAUUGAAUAAUAAGGCACCGCAGAUAUCUGGAAAGAAGGCGGAUUAUAUUAUUCCGAUCUCAGAUGCGGAUCAAGUUGGAUUAACUAUUGGAAAACUUGAGGCAAUUGACGAAGAUGGUGAUGAAUUAUGGUGGAAUAUCACAGGCGGUGAUAAUAUUCAUAAUUUUGAUGUGAAACGAGACAAUGGACAAUUGCUAUUAGCGAAAAAAGUGGAUAAUUUGAAACGAGGAGAAUUACGGUUGAAUAUUAGUUGUACAGAUGGAUUUGAAACUGAUCAUACAUCGGUGAUUAUUCAAGUUGCUAGAUCGCCUUUGCAUCGCCCCAAAUUCAGUGCAUCGCAUUAUCAGACAGAUAUCUCGGAGAAAACUGCAGUUGGAACACAGAUUUAUACAUUGAAAGCGAGUGGAGAAGAUAUGGGACCGGGAACAAAACCGUUGGUUUAUAGUAUUUUUAGUAUUGAGGAUGUGGUAAUGGAGGAGAAGAUUCGAGUUGAACCCAGGUAUGUUUUUGGGAAGAUUUAGAGCUCUCAAAAUGGGAGCGUUUGAAAAAUUGGGGAAUUUUUGACACCUCACAUCAAUUAUCUUUGUGAAUUUGAAUUUUGGAGCAAUUACAGGCUCUCAAAAUUUUUAUUUUUAAAUUUCGCUGAAAAUUUGGGGAUUCUUUGACACCCUACUUCAAUCAUUUUGAAUUUUUACCAUUUUUUCGAUAGUUAGGCUAAAUAUUUAAUUUCAGGUCAUAUCUUGAGUUAGGCUAAGUCAGGUGAAAUUCAGAAAUACUCCCCCCCCCCUUCCAAUUAUUUAAAGCCCCAAUUCGUUUUUUCAAUAACAUUUCCUUUUUAAAAAAAUUAUUUUGAGAACUUUUGGUUGGAUGUUAAAUUUCAGGUCACUUCUUGAGUUAGGCUAAGUCGCGUGAAUUUUUCCUAAUCAAAAUAUUUAAACCCUCAAUUCGGGUUAUUUUCAGCAGUGGAAACGUAAUCGUAAUGGAACCGCUGGACUUUGAAACAUCUCGUCAAAUUCGAGCAAUUGUUCAAGUUCGCCAAGCGAAUUUCAAAAAUUUCGCCACUUUGAUUGUAAAUGUCAUCGAUGAAAAUGAUAAUGCACCAAAAUUCAGUCAAUCUAAUCAAGUUGCAUUUGUUGAUGAGAGGUUAGUUUGAUUAAUUAAUUAAUUGGGUGGCCCGGAAACUUGGGGAAAAUCCUCUAAAAUAGUCAAAAAAAUAAUUCCAGUGAUCCUGUUGGAAGUCUUGUCGCAAAAGUCACGGCAUUUGAUGCUGAUAAUGGUGAAAAUGGAAUGCUGACAUACACAAUUAUCAGUGGAAAUGAACAGAAGUUAUUCGAACUUGAUAAAUUGUCUGGAGAAGUUCGCCUCUCUAAACCAAUAGAUCGAGAUGAACAUGUUGAAUCGAUUCUACGAAUUCGAGCAAGUGAUUCGGCAAAAUAUUCACUGAGCGAUGAAAUGACACUUCAUAUCAAAAAUUCGAAUUCAACGAUUGAUUUGAGAGUUAAAUUCCAUCGGAAAGUGCAUCAAUUCGCAGUUUUUGAUUCAACUCCACCUGGAACACCUUUGAUUGUAUUAGCUGCACAACAUCAUGGAAGUAUACGAUAUCAGAUUGUUGAACCUUGCCCUUAUUUUGAUGUUCAUCCACUUUCUGGAGCUGUUGUUUUAUCGAAAUGGUUGACGAGAGAAAGAAAUGAAGUGAAAAGUGUGAAUUGUAGUGUUCGAGUUAUUGGAAGUGAAGGAGAAAGUGAUGAGGCAAAGAUUAUUCUGAAAAUAAGAAGAACAAAUCAAUAUGCGCCUAGAUUUAGACAACAGGUUUAUAAUGCACAAAUUCGAGAGAAUAGUCCAAUUGGAAGCCCGGUUUUUGCAAUUUCGGAUAAUUCGCCACUUAUUGUUAAUGCGGUGGAUUUGGAUAAUGGACCGAGUGGACUUGUUGCUUAUCGAAUGCCUGAAGAUGAUUAUUUUGUUGUGGAUUUGAUUAGUGGAGCGAUUCGAGUAAGAAAACCGAUUGAUUUUGAAAGGAUUAAAGAGUGGCGGUUUUAUGUUAAUGCACAGUGAGUUGGGGAUUUGGAAGGGAAAAAAUGGAUUUUCAGGUUUUGCCUAAAAUUCUAGAAAUCUAAAAAUUUUAAAAUUGGGACCCAGUCUGAAAUUCUUGAAAUUAGCCUCGAAAUUUAGAAAAAAAUUUGAACAAAAGCCAAAAUUUAAGAUUUUUUGUUUCAAAAUUAUGUUUAAAAUUCUAGAGAUCAGCCCGAAACUAUCAAAAAUUGGGAUCCAGCCUUCUUAUGCCUGAAAUUCAUGAAAUUAGGCUCGAAAUUUAGAAAAAAUUCAAAAGUCCGUAAAAAGUUUUGAACAAAAGCCAAAAUUCAAUAUUUUUCCAAAAUUAUGUCUAAAAUUCUAGAAAUCAGACUAGAAAGCAUCCAAAAAUUAGGCCCAAAAGUUGAAAAUCGGGCUUAAGUCUUGAGGCCCUGAAAAUCCGGAAAUUGAGAUCCAGCAUCCAAAUGGUUUGGCCUAAAAUUCAUGAAAUAAGGCUCGAAAUUUUAAAAAAUUUGAAAAAUAUCCAAAAUUCACCCCCCAAAAAUCGAUUUUUUGCAGCGAUAUGGGAAGUCCAUCUCGAAGUUCACUAAUGCCAGCUCUUGUAAUCGUCACAAUUCUCGAUGAAAAUGAUGAGCCACCCAAAUUCCUCGAAAAAUCAAUAACAUCUUUCCCAAUCUACCUACCAACUGCAAAUAGUAUUCGAAUUUCUCCAAUUCAAAAUGCGAAAGAUAUUGAUACGAUUGGAAGAAUACGGUAUACAAUCAAAGAUGAAAAAGCGAAAAGUGUAUUUGCGAUAAAUUCGACGAAUGGAGAUGUUCGAAUUAUUGAUGCGGAGAAAUUGAAAGAGAAGAUUUAUGUGUUUGAUAUUUUUGCGAGUGAUGGAAUUCGAACUGAUUCGUAUUCUCUGAAUAUUCGGGUGUCGAGACCAGAGAAAUCCUCGAAUUUCCGAUUUAUAUCGCAGAAAUAUAGCACAACGAUUUUGGAAAAUACAACUUAUCCUGUUGGAAAACCACUUUUAUCUGUAACUGCAAUUGGUGGAUCUAGUGUUAGUUAUUCAAUAAUCAAUCCACGAGACGAGUUUGCAAUUCAUUCUGGAACUGGGAUUAUUACAUCAACUGGAAUUGUUGUUGAUCGAGAAAUUGAGGCGGUUAUUCGAUUGGUUGUUCAGGCUAGAAGUAUGGAACAGAUUGCACAGACUACUGUUGAAAUUAUUGUUGAGGAUUUGAAUGACGAGAUUCCGAUGUUUGUUAGCCUUCCUUAUGAUGUUUCAGUUAGUAUGGAUGCAAAAAUUGGGGAUGAGAUUAUUGUUGUGAAAGCGAUUGAUAAGGAUGAAGGUUUGUAUCAAUGAGAUUGAUUUUUCAAUACAUAUUUACCUUUCUAAUUUUCAGGAUUAAAUGGACAAAUCAAAUAUUCAUCUUCAAAUAUUCCUCCACAAUUUUCAAUCAAAGAAAAUGGCAAAAUCCAAGUUUCCCAAAAACUAAAUUCCCUCGAAGAUUAUACUUUUGAUGUGACAGCUGAAGACAAUGGAAACCCCAAACUCAAAUCGACAACUACAGUAACCUUAAGAGUUGUUGAUAAAGCUCAGCCAGUUUUUGGUCAACAAGUUUAUACGGUAACGAUUUCACCGGAAAAUAUUAAGAAGGGAGAUUUGAUUGUGAAAGUGACAGCGAAAAGUAAUAUUAAUUUGGAUGGUGGAAUUAUUGAAUUUGAAAUUGUUGGAGAAAAUGAGAAUGAGAAUGAGUUAUUUGAAAUCGAUUGGCAAAAUGGAGAAAUUCAUUUGAAAAGAGAUCCAAGAAAACUUGAAAAAGAUCAAUAUAUUGUGGAAAUUGAGGCGAUUGAAGCGACAAAACCGAAAUUAAGAAGUCGAGCGAAAGUUGUGAUAAAUUUGAAAUCGAAUAAAAUUGAGGCGCCGGUUUUUGAGAAGAAGAACUAUUUGAGUCAUAUUGCGGAAUCGAGUGCGAUUGGAGAAAAAGUAUUGGAAAUUAGGGCGGAACGAGCGGAUAGUUAUGCGAUUAAAGGAGAGGAUUCGAGCGGUUAGUUGGAAUUUUUUUUGUUAGCGAAAAAUUAAGGGAGAAUUUAAAAUUAGACCUAAAGGGCUUUAAAUACACCAAAAACCUUUGAAAAAUAGGUUUCAGGAAAAUUUUUAAGUCGUUUUGAAGAAUUUCAAAAAAUUUAUUUUUAGGGAAAUUUAAUUUAUUGACGAAAAUCUGGAAAAAAAAAACCGCAAAGAUUCUAUUUUAUGAAUUAAUUUUAGCUAACUUGGAUCUAAAAGGCCUUGAAGUUAGACCUAAAAGCUUAAAGCCCUAAAUUUUUUACAAAAAAAAAUCUAAUCGAUAAAUCAUUCCAGCUUUCUCAAUCGAUUCGGAUACUGGUGAAAUUCGUCUGGCAAAAUUGUUGGAUUUCGAAACGAAACAAAUGUAUAAAUUUAUUGCCACUGCAAGCGAUAAACGACAAAUUCAAACAGAUGUUGAUAUCAAUUUCAUAAUUGAUGAUGUAAAUGAUGAAACUCCCAAAUUCAUGAGCUCAUUCUCUUCUGCACAAAUCGAUGAUUCUGCUAUUCCCGGACAAUUUGUGACGAUUCUAAGUGUAACUGAUCUUGACACAGUUUCAUCGCUUUCCGAUAAUCUGAAAUUGCUCUAUAAAAUUGUUGAUGGAGAUGAGACGCUUUUUGAUAUCGAUUCGAAAUCGGGAAAAGUUACACUUGCCAGAUUAAUUGAAGAGGAUGAUGUGAUAGAGAAGAAGAAUCUGAAUGUAUCGGUGACUGAUGGAAUAUUCACAUCUUAUGCACAAUUAUUGGUUGAUGUCAAGAAAAGUGGAACACGACAAUUGCCGCCGAGAUUUGAACAAAGUCAAUAUGUUGCCAGUGCGCUUGAGAACACGUGUGUUUUAUUUUGGGGAUGGGGCGGGAUUUUUUAUUUGACACGAAAUAUUGAAAUAUUUCUAGACCUGGAAGAAAAAAUUGAGAAAAAACCCCUCCUAUUUUUCUGAAAUUUUGGGAGUUUCGGAAUUUCAAACAAAAUUAUGACGUGGCAUAAUUUCAACUUUAAAACUAAUUUUUUUUUGGAAUUCAAAAUUUCUGGAUUUAAAAUUUCUAAAACUACGAAAAACUCAGAGACUGAACAAUUUUCCAAAUUUUUUACCUAAAUUUUGAAAUUUAAUUUUUUAAUUAGGAAAUGUUGAAAUUGAGACCCAAAUUAUCAUUUGAGAGAAAAAUUGAAUAAACAUUCUCGUGAUUUUUCUGAAAAUCCAAACCCAAACAUUUUUGGUUAACAAACGUGGCUGAAUUUUAAUUUUAAAAUAAUUUUUCCAUUUCAGGCCAUUUUGAACAAUCUUGAAAAAUUCAGAGACAAAAAAAAUUUUCCACCCCCUCUCCAAAUCCUCGAUUUCCCUUCAAAAUUUCAUUUUUUUUCAGACCUGUCAAUAAAUCGGUCCUAAUCCGAGUAAAUGCGCGAGAUGGAAUAACUCCAAUUCAUUAUUCACUUGGACCCGCUUCUUCAUCUGGAGGAUCGAAAGGUGCAUGGCCUGUUAGAAUUGAUAAAAUCACGGGAAGAAUUCAUGUGUCGCGAGUUCUCAAUUAUCAUAAUGAUAAGAUUUAUCAGUGAGUUGUUUUUGGAAAUUUAUUUCAAUUUUCAAAUGUUGAAAUACAACAAGUAAUCCCUCAAAAAUGAAAAAAAAUAAAUCAAAAUAUUGCAGAAUUCCUCUUGUUGCUGAAGAUGCAGUUGGUCGUCGAGCAUUUGCGACUCUAACUCUUUCAGUCAUUGACAUCAAUGAUAAACCGCCUGUAUUUGUGCUAUCUUCGUAUUCUUGUUCAAUGUCUGCAUUAGCAAAAGAAGGAGAUACAGUACUUAUGGUAUCUGCGACUGAUGAUGAUGAAGGAGAUUCAAUUGAAUAUUCAUUGCUCGAUGAUUCUUCGGUUUUCAGUGUACAUCCGAAACAAGGAACUGUGACUGUUGCGAAGAAAUUGGAAGAUAAAGUUGGAAAUUCGUUUUCAUUAAUUGUGAAAGCGACGGAUUCGGCAAAUCCGCCACAUCAUGCGACGACUACUGUUGAAAUACAAGUGGCGAAAAAGGAUACACCGGUUCCGAGAUUUUCGAAUAGUCAUUAUUUGUUUAGUGUUUCGGAAGAUGCAUCGAUUGGAAGUGUUAUUGGAAGAGUUCAACAAGUGAAUCAAGAAAUUGAGGAAGUUCGAUUUAGUAUUGCUGAAGCUGCGGAUAGUUUACCGUUUAGUGUUGAAAGAGGAAGUGGAAAGAUUGUGGUGAAAAGUGAAUUGGAUCGAGAAAGAAAAUCGGAAUGGAGAAUGGCGAUUAAAGUUGAAGCUGCUGGACAUGUUCAUUCGAUUACAACUGUUACUAUUGAUGUGGCUGAUGUUAAUGAUAAUGCACCAGCUUUUCAAGGAGAUUAUGAGAGAUUAACGAUUUCGGAAGAUUCGCCAAUUGGAACGAGUGUUGCUAUAUUUUCUGCAACUGAUCGAGAUGAUUCACCAUCGAAAAGUGGAACUAUCAAAUUCUCACUUGUUGAAGAAAUCUCACAAUUUGUUAUGAAUCCGGAAAGUGGAUGGUUAACUGUUUCGAGUUCUUUGGAUCGCGAGAAAAUUGAAAAAUAUGAUUUGAUUGCGAGGGCGACGGAUGAAGGUGGAUUGAAUACUGAUUUGAAGUUUAGUGUGAUUGUUAAUGAUGUAAAUGAUUCUCCACCGCAGUUUUCGAAAUCUAAGUAUGAAGUUUGGAUAGACAGUAAUCCUCAAGACAAUUUCCUUACAAAUAUUGAGAUUAUUGAUCUUGAUCUUCCGCCAUUCAACAUUUCCAAAGUUUUUAUUUCAUCUGGAAAUGAGGAAGGAAUAUUUUCGAUUGAUGAAAAUAAUAAUAUUACGAUCAAACGAGCUGAACUCAUUGGAUUGUCUCAAAAAUCGGAAUAUAUUCUGGAAUUAACUGCAUUUGAUGGGGUAUUUGCGAGAACUUGUGAAGUUGUUGUGAGGAUUCGGAAAGAUGCGGAAGUUCAUUGUGAAAAUCAGGAUGGAGUUUCGAAAUUACAAAUAAAAGAGAAUUCGAAGAAAGGAACUGUGGUUAUUGGAGAAUCUAUGAAUUCGAAGAAGGAUUAUGUAUUUUCGAUCAAAGAGGAGAAUCCUAUCCCAUUUGUGAUCAAUUUUAGAAAUGGAAUUGUGAAAGUGAAGGAGAAUGUUGAUUUUGAGAAAGAGCAGAUGUUUGAAAUUACGAGGGUUAUGAUGAAUAAAAAGAAGGAGAUUAUUUGUGAAGAGAAGUUUAUGAUUGAUGUUAUUGAUGAGAAUGAUAAUCCACCGAAGAUCAUAUCACCGAAAGUUCAGAAUUUGACGAUUAAAGAGAAUUUGGCAGCGAGUUUAGAGGAUCGUAUUUUAUUGACUAGAAUUAUUGUACAAGAUUUGGACUCGAGCUCAAGUUUAGAAUAUCGAUUGAAGAAUUCAUUUGAUGAGCGAUUUUUGAUUGAGCCGAAAAGUGGAGUAUUGAUGGUUGUGAAAAUGUUGGAUCGAGAGGAAAUUGGGGAAUAUCGAUUGGAUAUUGUUGUGUCGGAUGGGAAAUUUGAGGAUUCUGGUGAGAUUUUAGAAGGGAGAUUCUGAAAAAAAACAUUUUUUUUCUGAAUUUUCGAUUUCAAAAAACUUACAAUUUACGUGGAAUUCGGAAAUUUCCAAUUAGAAUCUUGAAAAAAAUUGAAAAAAAACUCAGAAAUUUGAAUUUAAAAUUUUCGCUGUAACAAAGUGCCAUGUGGAUUUUUGGGGCCAAAAACUAAAUUUUAAAAAUUCAAAUUUUCGCGUCAAAAAAUAGGGUUUGAUUCUUGAUUGAUUUUAAAUGUUCAAAAUUUUGGACCAAGAAAAUUCCACGUGGAUUUUUAGCACCAAAUUUUUCAAAUUUUAUUUCAAAAAUUCAAAUUUUAAAUUUUCCCACCGACAUAAUGCCACGUGUUUUUAUUUAAAAAAAAAUUCAGAAUUCUGAAAAUCAAAAAAUUCAAAUAUCGAAUUUUCCCGCCAACAUUCCACGUGGAUUUUGGGCACCAAAAAACGAAAUUUGAAAACAAAACCCAAAAAUUAAAAUUUCAAUUUUUCCCGCCAAAAAAAAUUUAUGAAAAAAAACUUCAAAUUUUCGCGUUAAAACGAUUCACGUGGAUUUUUGACCGCCGAAACAUAUUUUGAAAAAAAAACCCAAAAACUCAAAUUUCAAUUUUUCUGCCAACGAAAUUCCACGUGGAUAUUUUAUUUCAAAAAAUUCCCGAAUUCUGAAAAAAAACAUUUUUCCAGCUAUUGUCAAUAUCAUCGUCGCUGAUCAAAAUGAUAAUCCACCUAUUUUUGAGCGAAAAGUUUAUUCGAUGAAGGUAAGCCCACUUCCUAUUCUUAAAACCCUACAAAAUUCCUAUUCCCAAUAUUUUCUGCAGGUCAUGGAAUCUGAAUCGAUUGGCUACGAAUUGGUCAAAGUUCGAGCGGAUGGUGGAGAUUUUGGUGAAAGUGUGACGUAUUCAUUGAAACCAUCGAAAAUGAAUAAAAUGGUGAAACUUGACCCGAAUUCUGGAAUUUUGAAAUUGGCCGAAGGACUUGAUUUUGAGAAAGUGCAGAAAAUUGAGAUUUUCAUUGAAGCGAAAGAUUCUGGAAAUCCACCAUUAACAGCUGAAACAAAGAUUGAAAUUGAAGUGAUGGAUGAAAAUGAUAAUGUACCGAUUUUCAAGAAUUUGACAUAUUUUGCAAAAGUUUUGGAACACUCGAAAAAUGGAACUGAAAUAUUGAAAGUUGAGGCGGAAGAUAAAGAUAGCGAACAUUUUGGAAGAAUUGUUUAUUCGAUUAAAAAUCAGACUGAAAUCCCAUUUGUUAUUUCAAAAGAUGGUGUGAUUUCUGUGAAUGGCAAUUUGGAUUAUGAAGUAGAGGAGAUGAGAAAAUAUCGAUUGAAAAUUGAGGCAAAAGAUGGAGGAGGACUCAAAUCUGAAGUUGAUGUUGAUAUUGAAAUUGAAGAUAUUAAUGAUAAUCCACCAAUUUUCGAAGAUUGUAAUAUGACUGCGGUUAUUCAAGAAAGUGCAAAUAUUAAUAGUAUUGUUUUAUCGAUUAAUGUGAAAGAUUUGGAUGGUCCCAAGAAUUCGGGACCUUUUAAAUUUGAAAUUAAAGGCGAUGGAGCGAAAGUAUUCAAAAUUGAGGGAUCGAAUCUUAUGACGGCUGCAAGAUUACAACAUUCAAAGAAAGAUCGAUAUUUGUUGACUGUUAUUGCGAAAGAUAUCAAAGGAAAAUCGACGGAUUGUCCAUUAACGAUUUGGGUGAAAGAGGAAAGUCGACAUGCUCCGAUUAUGAAACCGCUGAAAAUUCGAGUGAAUACUUUGCAAUCUGAACUUGUUGCUGGAAAUAUUGGAAGACUUCGAGCUAGCGAUCAAGAUGAGGAAGAUCUAUUAAGAUAUAGUAUUGUUGAGGAUAGUAUUCGGGGACCACUUCCGACUAUUGAGACGCCGAGACCUAAUGGAAAGGUCCAUAAUUUCCGAAUUGAUGCGAAUUCUGGAGAUAUUUGGUCAGAUCAUUCGAUUUCUGAUGGUCUUCAUAGUUUUAAUGUGACUGUUACUGAUGGAAAAUUCAAAACAAUUAGUUAUGUUGAGAUUUAUGUUUUAUCAAUUGAUAGUGAUACGAUUGAACAUUCAGUUGCGAUUCGAAUUCGAUCGAUGGAUAUUAAUGAAUUUAUGAAAAGAUUUGAGGCGAAAUUCAGGAAUGUUAUUGGAGCGCAUUUGAAUAUAAAUGCGGAGAAUAUUCAAUUGAUUAGUUUGCAAGAAGUUGAGGGGAAUGGAAGAGCGAAAAGAUCGAGUGAGAAGGAUAUUGAGAUAUUGUUCACUGCGCAAAGAGGACCUGGAAGAGGAUUUUUGAAACCCGAUCAUGUUUAUUCGAGAUUGAAGUUGGAUUUUCAAAAUAUUCAGGAUAAGAGUGAUGGAAUGGUGGGUUUUUUGGAGGGGAACGGGUAUGAUUGCUCAUAUUAACUCAUAAAAUUGAGAAUUGCUCAUUUUAAGCCAUAAAAUUAGACUAGAUGAAAAAUCAGAAAUUUGGAGCAGCUUCAAAAUUAUGAUUGCUCAUAUUAAUCCAUAAAAUUGAGAAUUACUCAUUUUAAUCCAUAAAAAACCGGAAAAUUUUUGGCUCCUAAAAUACGAUUGCUCAUUUUAAGCCAUAAAAUUGAGGAUUGCUCAUUUUAAGCCAUAAAUUUGAGAAUUACUCAUUUUAAGCCAUAAAAUUGAGAAUUGCUCAUUUUAGUCCAUAAGCUUAAGUUAUAUUUUUUAAUAAGAAAUUUGGAGCAGCUUCAAAAUUAUGAUUGCUCAUGUUUAUCUUUAUAUAUUUUUACCCCGUUUUUUUUCCAGAGAUAUCAAUUGAUAACUGAAAUGUGCACACCUGGAGUUUGUCGAAAAGGAGAAUGUCGUGAAAGAAUCGAAUUGCUGGAAGAUAAAUGGACAAGAAGCACUUCGGAAAAUGUUGGAUUUGUAUCGCCUUAUCACACGAGAGAUGCACAAUGCUUGUGUCCAGAUGGGUUGGUUUUUGCGGGGGGAUUUUUAAAGGGAGUGGCGGGAUAUUUUAGACCUAGAAAAAAUGGUCAAAAAACUCUUGUUUUUCAGAUUGGGUGGAAUUCGAUGUGAAAAAGAGAUCAAUCAAUGUUCGAGAUCUCCUUGUGAAUCUUAUCAAUUAUGUAUUCCAUCAACAUCUUCAAAUUCAUUCGAAUGUGUUUGUCCACUUGGAAUGGAAGGAGAUCGAUGUGAGAAACCAUCUUGCACAAAUGAUGGAAAAUGUUUGGAAGAAGCUGAAUUAUCUGUGGGUGGAGAUGGAUAUUUCGAAAUGUCGCUUUCAAAUGAAAUUGAAAGUCGAAUGGAACUCGAAAUCGAACUGAGAACAACAUCAACAAAUGGAGUUGUAAUGUGGAGUGGAGCAAGUCAUGAUUAUCAUAUGCUUGCGAUUUCUGAUGGAUUUAUUGAAUAUAGUUGGGAUGCUGGAAGUGGACAAGGAAUUGUUCGAUCGAAAAUAUUGAUUGGUGAUGGAAAAUGGCAUCGAAUUGGAAUAUCGAGAAGGCAAAGAAGAACUCGAUUAGUUGUUGAUGAUAGUGAUAUUCAAGAAGCUUUUAGUCCCAUUGGAUCGACUGUGAUUAAUUUGCAUAAUUAUGCACAGAAAUUGGUGUUUGGUGCGAAAGUUGAGGAUUUGAAUUUGGAGGGAGAGAAAAAGAUAAGUCACGGUGUUUCUGCUUGUUUCAAAACGAUAUCUGUUGAUGGACGGAAAGUGCCGAAAACUAGACAGGGUCUUCGAUUAUUUGGAGCUGCGCCUGGAUGUUUGGCCUUGACAUCGUCCCCUUGUAGUGAAAUGCCGUGUGGAAAUGGUGGAAGUUGUGUUGUGCAGGGAAAGAGUUUUGAGUGAGUUUUGGGGGGAUCUGAAAUUUCGGAAAAAUGGGGAAUUCCAGAAUUUUUUGGAAUUUUUUUGAAAAUUUCAAGAUUUUUACCGGUUUCCGAGGUUUAAAGGAAGUUUGUGGAUUUUUUGAAAGAAAAAUUCUUGGAAGAAUUUUACCGGAAAAAUCGUUUUUUUAUUUUGAAAUUUUUGGAGCUACAGUAACUUUUUUCAAAUUUUUGUUUAAAAAUUUCAUUAAAUAUCCAAAAUAUGGGAAAAUAAAUCAAAAUUUAGAGAAAAUUGGGAAAAUUGAAAAUUUCAAGCAACUCUGGUUAAUGUUCUUAAAAUCUCGAAAUUUCCAAAAUAAAAAAAUUUGGAUGCAUUUUUACCAGAAAAUUCGCUUUUUCACACAACAUUUCUGGAGCUACAGUAACUUUUUUUCAAAAACUUUCUGUUGAAAAAACGUCGAGAUCCUGAUUAGUUUCAAAUUUUUUAUCAAAAAUUUUGGAAUUUUUUAAAAUUUCUAGCUUCGGACUGAAAAUUACAAGAAAUCUCAAUAUUAAUCUUGAAGGUUUUUUGAUCCGCAAAAUUUAGAUUUACAAAAAUUCUAAUUGAAAAAAAACCAGAAUUCCUUAAUUUUUCAUUAAAAAAUGGGAAAAAUAGGUUUUUUUUGCCCGAAUUCCAAUGAAAAUCUUAAAAUAACAAUUUUUCUCAAGAAUAGCCUCUUGAUUUUUCUCGAGUACCCAUUUUCCUCUUCCAAAUCUCGACCCUUUUUCAAUAUCCCAAUUUUUUGCAGAUGUAUUUGUCCAAUGCGUUAUUCUGGUGAUAAAUGUCAAAUCGAUCUCGAACCGUGUUCCUCGAAUCCUUGUCCAACCGGAAUUCAAUGUAUUCCAUAUCAUAAUGAAUAUUUGUGUAAAUGUCCCAAUGGAUUUACUGGAAAACAUUGUGAAUCGAGAGGUUUUGAUGGUUAGUUUUUAUAAAUUAUAACAAAAAAAAUAAUAAUUUUCCUUCAUUUUUUUCCAGAAUUCGAACCAUCGUGUAGUGGAAACAAAUGUGGAAAUGGUCAAUGUAUUUCGAUUCCACGACAAAAUCCCGAAAGUUCGGAUUUCAUUUGUAAUUGUACUGGAGGAAUUCUUCAAAGUAGCCCGUGUCAAGAAUCGGCGACUGUAACAAUUCUCGAAUUAUUGCUGAAAUUCGAAAUAAUUAUGAUCAUUCUGGGAAUCGCAUUUUUGCUGAUUAUUGCUUGUUGCGUUUUUCUCGUUUGUCGGUGUUGCAAAAAGACCAGGUUUGUGUUUUUUUAACCGAAAAAAUCUGAAAAUUCUCGAAAAAUAUAGUAUUGCUCAUAUUAAUACGUGAAAUUUUCAGGAAUUACUCAUGUAAUUCUGUGGAAGGUCACUGUAACAUGAGCAAUUCUGAAUUUUCCAUUGCUCAUAUUAGGGAAUCUCUAAUUUUUUUGUUUUUUUUUGACAUUGCUCAUGUUAAAAAUUAUCUAACGAAUUUUUAGUUCAAAAAUCAGAUUUAUUGUAAUUUUUAACAUGAGCAAUGCUAUUUUUUUCCAGAAAUUUCAGAUUCUACAAAAAUUUCGAAAAAAAAAACUAUUUUUCAAUUUUUACAUUUGUCUUAAUAUUUUAAGCAAUGCUUUUCGAUUUUUCAGAUUUAUUUAAUUAGCUGAUUAUUAUUUAGGGUUGGAAAUAAUAGUAGGACGAGUUUGUUUGAGGUGAAAUUGAGUUUUCAAAAUGAUUUUGAUUUGUGAUAACUAACUUCUGAUUUCUAAUCCCAACAAUAUCUAAUUUUCUUUAUUUUCAGUGAUCCAAAAUACGGUGCACAUUGUGACGUUCCACACAUGCGAAAUACACGUGUCCUUAUGCCAGUCGUCGAUCCGCCACCUUUGCCGCCACGUGGAUUCCGACAAAAUGACGGAUUCUCCAAUACAACACAAAAUAACACAAAUCGCCCCAUGGUACAAGUUCGGCCAUUCUCGAAUGCAAUUCCACAAGCGCCAUCUUCGAGACAUGAUUCAAGAAGUCCGUCGGUUUGUGGAAGUUCGAAAGGAACUCGAAGAGAUUUGAUGAAACAUCAAAGUUCGGUUGAUUUUGGAAUGUCGAAUCGAGCGAGAAUGUCGGAUAGAAGAGGAGAAAAUCGACAGAUGAAUGAUGCGUUGACUAAUUUGAGGUAAUAUUUUCAUAAGAACGAAAAAUGCCACGUGGAAUGAUUUUUGAACUCGGAGAAAAUCCACGUGGAAUUCAAAAUUCAAAAUUUAAUUUCGAAAAAUUGCCACGUGGCAUCAUUUUUAUUUAAGAAGUUUGCCAACUAAAUUUUUAAAUAAAAAUUAAUUUAUUUUUGUUGCAGAGAUUGUGAGGAUUGGAGAACAAGUUUGGAUGAAAACAUAAAUGCAGCAAUUCGAAGUGGAGUCGAAGGUCGAUUAAUUGUUGGAACAACUGAACUCACUCCUGUUGUAAACGAUGACGAUUAUAUGACAAUGAAACCACGAAAAGAUCAGAAAUUUGAAAAACAAGAAGCAGCUCCACGUGUUCCAGCACAUGCUGCUCCGCCGCCAUCAAUUUUGAAUUCAAAUUCGAUGCCGCCAAUGGAUAAAUCAGUUUUAUAUGAUGAUCCGAUCUCAAUGGAUUCGCAAUCUUGUACAAUUGAUGACAUUGAUAAUGAUUCGGAUAUUGAAGAAGUUCGAAUCCAUAUUUCAUAA